CUAGUUAUGCCAUCCUGUAUUUGUAACUAUUUUACGAGGUAUUUGAUGUGGGGAAGGCUCUAUAAUUUGUUGUAGGACAACAAAGACAUAAUUUUGUUCAAUGCUAGGUGUUAAUUUUCAUGGAGGUCACCAGAGGGACCCAAUGCCAACAGUCUGUGCACUUUGAAGCAGGUUGCUUGUGAUUCAGGCAGGGAUGUCAUCAAGGCAUUGGAGCCAGGGCUACUUGCUAUCUUCAAAAUGUUUGAUGCAUGCAUGAUUGUGAUGCCUUUUAGCAUUGAAGCUGACUCCUAAAAUGUUUUCCACUGUUGCUUUGUUAUUUUUAACCCAAGAUGCCGCAUACUUGUACUGUCAGAUUUGCUACCUCAUUAUAUCGUCCUACCGACUAGCAUCGACUAGCAUCGACUAGCAUCUUUUGAAAUUAGAAUGAGAUGGGGAGGAAUCAUUUAUAAGCAUGAAGACAAAGGCAUGGAGGCUGUGGUGCAGCAUAACUUCCUUGACUGAAUAUGUGGUGACAACCAAUACUGAUAAGAGAACGACCUGCACACACUACACAGAAAGAAGAAUGAAGAUGAUGGAUGCUGGCAUGUCGGGCUGAUCUCAAGCAAAGAACCUGUGGCCAGGCAAGGGGAAGCAACCCAGGCCUUAGACUUACCUAAGCAGUAAUCCACCUGGCCUAACAGGGUCCAAAAUCUAUCGCUAAUGUUCCCAAACCACUACCGCCAGCAGAUCGCAGGUUCAAGCACGGGGAUUGAUUGAUGGAUGGAUUGUUUAGAGAUACCUACAGACCAAUCUAAGCAUGCGUGGUGGGUGAAAAAAAUUUAUUAGGAUGACAUAUUUGGAUACCAAACAAGCAACAAAACGACAUGGAAUGGGUACUUGUGGUGGCCUUGAGAAUCAGCCCAAAUCUGGAACCAAGACAGAAGCAAAACAUGCAGAGGCAUGAGUUUCUGUGGGAUCCUCAUCUACUUUCUCAAAGGUUCCAUUUCUAUCAAGCCAGCCCCAAUGUUUGGUUUAAAAUAAAAAUGCUAAUGUUUAAAAUUUUGAGUGUUUUGCCUUCUGUAUUUGGCAAUGGUAUCAAUUUUGGAAGAUUUUGUACGAAUAUGGAUGUGACUUUUUUUUGAAACGUUAUUUAGUAAAAGAAUGCAAAGGUU